UUUUUUUUUUUUUUUUUUUUUUGCUACGAAAAAAUGUCUAUUGGUGCCAUUGUAAGACAAGUUGCUCCCAAUUCAAUAAAAACAUCUAAUAAUUCAAGACUACGAUUAAGAAAGGCUGCUUUAACAUUGACACCGGCAGCGGUAUCUCGAUUAAAAACAUUAACUGAAGGGUCUACCCCUCGAUAUCUUCGAGUAGGAGUCAAACAAAAGGGUUGCUCAGGAAAUGCAUAUGAUUUACAAUUUACAGAUUCUAAAGGGAAAUUCGAUGAAAUAGUUAAUCAAGAUGGAGUUACAGUAUUAGUUGAUUCAAAAGCGCUUCUUACAGUGCUUGGUAGCGAAAUGGAUUAUGUUCAAGAUAAACUAUCAGAGCAUUUUGUAUUUAAUAAUCCUAAUGCGAAAGGUACUUGUGGUUGUGGAGAAUCCUUUGCUAUUUAGAAAUGCUUUGUUUUUUUCCUAUGACCUACAUUAUUUAUAUUUUUUGGAGAAAUACCUAAUCAUACCUUUAUAUAUAUCUUAUUGUUCUCCCUCCUUUCUUGUCGUAUCGUAAUAAACUAUAUUUAUUUAAGGAAAACGAUAAUAUUCAUUUUUUUUUGGAUUGAAAUGAUUGAAUUAAAAGAUUAACCUUAAUUUCAGAUAAACAAAAAAGGAAAAAAAAAAGAAACAGUAACAAGUUUAUUAAUUUAAAAGGAUGAAAAAUACGAAUUGUCGAUUUUAUAUCCAUGAUUGUUUAAUAUAUAAGAGAGAG